CUUUACCCCCAUUUUACAUAUGAGAAAAUGAGGCACAGAUUAACUAAUAAUCUGUGCCUCCGCCCUGCACCCCUUAGUGCCUGGGGUUGGGACCAGGCAGUAGCCAUGGUUGAAGCCUGUGGUUGCUGUGAUGAGCUGAGAAGGACCUAGCACUUGGUGGCAAAAGUCCUGGGGUCCACUCCCCUGUAUGUGCCUCUACUGACUGGGCCUGUGGGCCUAUGGACCUGUCGAUUGGGAAUCCAGACCUGUUUGCUUGGCUGCAAGUUGGUAGUGGUGGUAGUGAUGAAGCCAUGCUACCGGGAGGGUAACCCCUGGGUUAGACCCACUGCAUUUACAACGUGCCAGGUCUGGGCCAAGUGUCAGCUCCACUUGCUUUAUUCUGUGCUUAUCGCGGCCCUGUGAGGUGAGGGGACCCCUGCUCAGGGAAGCGAGGAGCCUGCCCAAGGCCUGACAAGCAGCUGACUGAGUUAGGACCGGAAACCUGGUUCCAGAACCCAUGCCUUCAGAUGAUCGCAGAGCUGUUCCAGACCUUGGAGAUCAGGGGCCCCGUGGGCUGUGUACCCUGUGCGCCCAGCCUCGAUGACCUACGAUGACAUUCCGCACCUCUCGGCCAAGAUCAAGCCCAAGCAGCAAAAGGUAGAACUUGAGAUGGCCAUCGACACCCUGAAUCCCAACUAUUGCCGCAGCAAAGGGGAGCAGAUCGCGCUGAACGUGGAUGGCACCUGCGCCGACGAGACCAGCACGUACUCCUCGAAGCUGAUGGACAAGCAGACCUUCUGCUCUUCCCAGACUACCAGUAACACAUCCCGUUACGCGGCCGCGCUCUACAGGAAAGGUGAGCUCCACCUGACGCCUCUACAUGGCAUCCUGCAGCUGCGACCCAGCUUCUCCUACCUGGAUAAGGCAGAUGCCAAGCAUCGCGAGAGGGAGGCAGCCAAUGAGGCGGGAGACUCUUCACAGGAUGAGGCAGAAGAAGACGUCAAGCAGAUUACGGUCCGGUUCUCUCGGCCUGAGUCGGAGCAGGCCCGCCAGCGCCGUGUGCAGUCCUACGAGUUCCUGCAGAAGAAGCAUGCCGAGGAGCCCUGGGUCCACCUGCAUUACCACGGCCUGAGGGACAGCCGCUCGGAGCACGAGCGCCAGUACCUGCUGUGCCAGGGCUCGGGCGGGGUCGAGAACACGGAACUCGUCAAGUCGCCCAGUGAGUACCUCAUGAUGCUGAUGCCGCCCAGUCAGGAGGAGGAGAACAGAGACAAGCCUGUGGCCCCCAGCAACAUCCUGUCCAUGGCCCAGCUGCGAACACUGCCCCUGGCCGAUCAGAUCAAGAUCCUGAUGAAGAACGUGAAGGUCAUGCCUUUUGCCAACCUGCUGAGCCUGCUGGGCCCCUCUCUUGACUCCGUGGCUGUUCUGCGUGGCAUCCAGAAGGUGGCGAUGUUAGUCCAAGGAAACUGGGUGGUGAAGAGUGACAUCCUGUACCCCAAGGACUCAUCCAGCCCUCACAGCGGUGUGCCCGCCGAGGUGCUCUGCAGGGGCCGCGACUUUGUCAUGUGGAAGUUCACGCAGAGCCGUUGGGUGGUAAGGAAAGAGGUGGCAGCGGUGACUAAACUCUGUGCAGAGGACGUGAAGGACUUCCUGGAGCACAUGGCCGUGGUGAGGAUCCACAAGGGCUGGGAGUUCCUGCUGCCUUACGAUGGGGAAUUCAUCAAGAAGCAUCCAGACGUGGUCCAGCGGCAGCACAUGCUGUGGACGGGCAUCCAGGCCAAAUUAGAAAAAGUCUAUAAUCUUGUGAAGGAAACCAUGCCAAAGAAGCUGGAUGGACAAUCAGGGCCUGCUGGGAUAGUGUCUGGGGAGCAGCGGGUCCAAGUAGCCAGAGCCAAGGCCCAGCAGAACCACACGCUGCUGGGACGGGAGCUGCAGCGCAGGAAGGAGCAGAUGCAGGGGUCCACCGUCCUGCCCGGAGUGCGGAUCAAGGAGGAGCCCCUGAGUGAGGAGGGCGAGGAAGAGGAAGGACCGGAAGCGGAGGAGCCCAUGGACACUUCACCCAGUGGUGGCCUCACCAACAGGCUGCCCAAUGGGCUGCCUGUGGGGCGGGCAGCAGGCGGGGACGGCUUCAACGGGCGCCCGCCCCUGAGCCCCGUGGCCCGGGAACUGAGGGCCUUCGUGCAGGCCACCUUUCAGAGACAGUUUGUGCUCACGCUGAGCGAGCUCAAGCGCCUCUUCAACCUGCAUCUGGCCAGCCUGCCCCCGGGCCACACGCUGUUCAGCGGCAUCUCCGACCGCAUGCUGCAGGACACGGUGCUGGCUGCCGGGUGCAAGCAGAUCCUGGUGCCCUUUCCCCCACAGACUGCUGCUUCCCCGGAUGAGCAGAAGGUGUUUGCCCUCUGGGAGUCGGGAGACAUGAGUGACCAGCAUCGACAGGUUUUGCUCGAAAUUUUUUCCAAAAAUUACCGGGUGCGCCGUAACAUGAUCCAGUCUCGGUUGACUCAAGAGUGUGGAGAAGACCUCAGUAAACAGGAAGUGGAUAAAGUGUUAAAGGACUGUUGUGUAAGCUACGGUGGCAUGUGGUACCUUAAAGGAACGGUCCAGUCUUGAUAAUAGUAGGAAACCACUAACCCCAACAAAUCCAAGCCCAAGGAAGGAUGGCAGGGCCAGCAGAGGUGGAAGUCGAGUCUCAACUGGCUGCAGAAAACCGAGCAAGAACUGACCAUCGCGUGGGCUGUGGCAGUGCCGUGUUCAGUGGACAGAGGUGGUCAUCGUCAUCCUCAGCAGGCUGCAGGGUGGGCUUUCGUUAGAGCGCUCCCAGAGGAGACCAGCCGGGACCUUCUUUGCAGUACAGUUUAAAAUUACUGAUGUAUUUUGCUUAUUACUCGGUUUCAUUCUCAUAAUAAAGAGAGUAUAUAUUGACAUGGACAGGAUGAUGAAAA